AUGAGGGAGAUGCUGGCUGCCUUCGUCUCCCGUGUGCUGUGGGGGGUGGCCAAGAAGCCAGCUCGCAGAGUGCUGGUGGCAUCCUGUAACUAUUCAAAUGAUGCCAUGUUUGAAAUUAAGAAAUGUGAUCUUUAUUUGUUGGACGAGGGUCCUCCGCUGACUGCAGUGCUCACCAGGGAAGACGGGCUCAGAUACUACAAGAUGAUGCAGGUUGUUCGGCGCAUGGAACUGAAAGCAGAUCAGUUGUAUAAACAGAAAUUUAUCCGUGGUUUCUGCCACUUGUGUGAUGGGCAGGAAGCUUGCUGUGUGGGGCUUGAGGCAGGUAUAAACCCCUCGGAUCACGUCAUCACAUCCUAUCGGGCGCAUGGCGUGUGCUACACUCGUGGACUCCCUGUCCGGUCAAUCCUUGCAGAGCUGACAGGCAGAAGAGGAGGCUGUGCUAAAGGCAAGGGAGGAUCGAUGCAUAUGUAUGCCAAGAACUUCUAUGGGGGCAACGGCAUUGUGGGUGCACAAGUACCCCUGGGAGCUGGUGUCGCUCUGGCCUGUAAGUAUAUGGGAAACAACGAGAUCUGCCUGACUUUAUAUGGGGAUGGCGCAGCUAAUCAGGGUCAGAUAGCCGAAGCUUACAAUAUGGCAGCUUUGUGGAAACUACCUUGUAUUUUCAUUUGUGAGAAUAACCUCUAUGGAAUGGGGACAUCGGUUGAGAGAGCAGCAGCCAGCACUGACUAUUACAAGAGAGGCCAUUUUAUCCCUGGGCUAAGAGUGGAUGGAAUGGAUAUUCUGUGUGUUCGGGAGGCAACGAGAUUUGCAGCCAACUAUUGUAGAUCUGGAAAGGGGCCCAUACUGAUGGAGCUGCAGACCUACCGUUAUCAUGGACACAGUAUGAGUGAUCCUGGCAUCAGUUACCGUAGCCGAGAAGAAAUUCACAAAGUAAGAAGCAAGAGUGAUCCUAUUAUGCUUCUCCAAGAUAGGAUGGUGAACAGCAAGCUUGCCAGUGUGGAAGAAUUAAAGGAAAUCGACUCUGAAGUGAGGAAAGAAAUCGAGGAUGCAGCCCAGUUUGCUACAACUGAUCCUGAACCCCCUGUAGAAGAACUGGGCCAUCACCUCUACAGCAGUAAUCCACCUUUUGAAGUUCGUGGUGCAAAUCAGUGGAUCAAGUUUAAGUCUGUUAGUUAA